AUGUCUCCCAGUCAAAACGACCAGCUGGCUGCUUCUGUAGCCGCCGUCGAUCUCAAUGACCAGAACACCGCCGAGACCCAGUCGCCACGAGCCAGCCCUGCGGACGCAGAUACUAUGCUUGCUGCCAAAGAGGCUCCCGCUGUAGUUGCAGACGAUGCAGACGAUGCAGACGAGGCCGAGUUUGGCGAACCCGUUGAGCUUCCGCCGCUGGAACCCAAGACGAAGAAGAAGAACAAGAAGAAAAAGCGGCCAGCCUCCAAACGAGGGCUCGGAAAACCCACUGGCUUCGAGGACUUCUUCGCAGAUGCACCCAUGACCCCAGACCAGCAUGCCCAAAAUCAAGAACUCUACAAUCCGUCCAUACCCUUCGUCGACCGAAUCAUUACCGCAGUAGGCCGCUUCGAACGGACGCGCAAACUCACUCCUGAACGGCGAGAUAUCUUCUUCAAAUGGCUGGUCUACGGCGGCGUCAAUAUUGGGCCCAGGGCACAUCAGGGUGCCCCGGACACCGAAGAUCUCGACAACGCCCAAAUCGCCGCGGUCCUCUCGCAAGCCUCAGCCAGCAAAGACAAAUAUGACCUCUCCUCCUCGACACGUCUGUACGACGUCGACUUCCACGGAGUCAUGCGCAGCUUUCUCAGCCGCCGAUCCCGCACCAUCUACGGCUGCGAGACCCCAGACGAAGUAUCCACGGUGACCACCACCCUCGAGCGUUUCCUCGACUACCUCUUGCAGCACGACGUGUGCCCCGAAUACCAGACCGACGUCCUCACAACCCGCGAUUUCUGCCGCUCCGCCACCUCGGAGCUCUGGCACAUCACCGAAGCCAUCCGUCGUCUCCCUGGCGACUUCAACAUCGCAUGCUCAACCUUGUCCGGCGGCUACUAUGCCGAAAACUACGACGCCCUCACGGACUGGGAGACCGAACCGGAUACUCACAAUGAGGCGGUAUUCGUGGGGAUGAAGCGAGAAGAAGCCGAACAAGUCAUGUCAUUCGGUGUGGCGGGCGCGGCCGACGAAUCUGUCUACCAGGCGUACCUGGACGCUGUCAGAAGCGGCACCCCCGUCGCCGUGACUGAGAUCGAGGAAAUGGCCGGCUUUGAAAUCACCAGGAUCGACCCGCCCACCCCAGACUGUAAGGCCAUCUACACCAGCACGACGUCCAACUUCCGGCCCGUGGGUCGCGUGUACGCGAAGUCAUGGACGAACCCGGACUCGCAGCCCGAAGAUCUCACCGAUGAAGAGCAGAAACAACGGGCGCUGUUGUCCUCCCCAAAACCUACCAAGGAAUACGUCUUCCUCGUCGAGGAACUCCUGCAGACAUACCUGCGCGUCGGGACCAAGAUCGAAGCUACCAUCUACACAUUGAGUUGCGGCAUCAUGUUCUUCGAUAACGUCGUGAACGUGUUUCCGUCCUUUGACGAAGUCGUCGUCAACGAACUUAUGCAGAAUUGGACCACUCCGCGGCCUAAAAAGGGUGCGUUCGACUAUGUUGAGGGAGAGGAUGGUGACGACAAGGAUGAUGAUGACGGUGAUAAUGAUGGUGCGGACGGAAACGGAGACGGAAAACCAGACCACAACGACACCCAGCAGGGCGAUGAUGAUGACACCAAGAAUGCCUGA